AUAGCCUAAAUACUUGUGCUGUUGUGUUAAAUUAUUUUAUAAAGACAUCGAAGGCCAUUACCUGGCCUGAAGCUUGUUGCUCCGGAAAGGAGCUGCUCGUUCACAGGCACACGAAACCCACGGCCUUUUGCUAAUAUCAUUCUGCACAAUGAACGAUGAUCAGGAGAGGAACACUAUUAACUGUUUCCGAAACAGACUGCGGCGCCUUAUUAACGUCGGCCCUGUUCUGGACAUGCUUCAGUUCCUGAGCGAUGAUCAAAAGGAGCUGAUAAGAGCGAAAACUCGGACUGAGGGCGACAUAAGCGCGGCCGACCUACUUCUUCAUGAAGUUAUAACUAAAGAACAUUCAGAGGGUUGGUUUAGGGAACUCAUAACUGCGCUUGAAACCGCUGGGUGCAGACAUGCAGCAAAUUACAUGGAGAACAAUCCUCCCAGCCCAUCGAAGGAGUUUGAAAAUGACAACUGCAUUAAACUGAUAGACCUCCUGAAACUCAGUCUAGUCGACAUGAAAACGCGAGAUGUUUGCAAUAGCUGUUAUCAGCGGAGUCUUUUAACCGACGAGGAUCGCGAAAAUAUUUUUGCUGUGAAUGAUCAGCAGGGGAACAAGGCAGGGGCACGCCUGCUGCUCUCUCGGCUAGUGAAGAAAGAGCUUGGUUGGUACUCUGAAUUCCUGGAGGCUCUGAAAGAAACAGGCCACGGCAUGCUGGCACGUGAGCUCCAAGGAGAACCUUUGAAGGGUCACGAAACAGCGUCAGGUGAAAGUGACGAGCCCCAAGCUUUGCAGGAUGAGACGAAAGCAGUCGCUCCGGGAGGCACAGAGGACUUUUCUGCCCGCUCUCACUCCCCUCCCCGCGCUUUCGACCUCCACUCCUCUCAGACGUCUCCCUCGUCUGCCCCCAGCCUCGAGGUCCAGAGCCUGGACAGCAGCAUGGACACCAGUGACUUUCUUUCAUCUACUGAUGUAUCUGCGGGCGAUCUGGCCAAAGAUUUGGACCUGUACAAAGAGAGCAACGAAGAAAUGGAGACAGAGCAAACAGCAGACAGCCCGGGUCCAUCAGUGAGUGACAGUGAGAUUGUGCUGCAUGAUUAUCAAAUGGAGGUUGCUCUACCAGCUCUCGAGGGGAAAAACAUCAUUAUCUGCCUGCCUACAGGAAGUGGUAAAACCCGCGUCGCUGUGUACAUCACCAAACAGCAUCUGGAGAGCAGGCGACGGAUGGGACAGCCAGGGAAAGUUGUUGUCCUAGUUAAUAAGGUUCCUCUGGUAGAGCAGCACUAUAAGGCUGAGUUUGGCAAGUUCCUGAAGCACCAAUACUCUGUGGAGAGAGUCAGUGGAGACUCGCAACUCAAAAUCUCUUUUCCACAAGUCAUCGAGAAAAACGAUAUCAUCAUCUGCACUGCACAGAUUCUGGAAAACUCUUUGGCCAAAGCCAAGAACGGGGAUGAGGACGGAAUCAAGUUAUCGCAGUUCACGUUGAUGGUGAUUGAUGAGUGUCACCACACACAGAAGGGCGGAGUCUACAACCACAUCAUGAUCCGCUACCUAAAGCAGAAGCACAGGAACAUCGGGCUGCUUAAGGAACAAAAGACCCCCGUGCCCCUCCCACAGAUCCUCGGCCUCACUGCCUCGCCCGGGGUGGGAGGAGCCAAGAACCAACAGAAGGCAGAGGAGCACAUCCUCAGAAUUUGCGCUAACUUGGAUGCUUACACUAUUAAGACCAAAAGCCUCAGAGAGGAACUCAUGGCUCCAUACAAAUGCAUCGCAAGUGCACCAGAGAGAAAGGAGGAUCCCUUUGGAGAUGUGAUCAAGGGGAUCAUGGAUGAGAUUCACUCGCAUGCUGAGCUGAGCCCCCUGUGCCAACCGGGCACGCAGAACUACGAGCAGUGGGUGGUGCAGAAAGAGCAGAAUGCUGCCAAAGAGGACAACCCACGAGUGCGGGUUUGUGCAGAGCACCUGCGCCAGUACAACGAGGCUCUCCACCAGAGCAACACCAUCCGCAUGUCCGACGCCUUCAGCUUCCUCAACAAGUACUACAACGAAGAGCUCAAGAAGAAAAGCAGCCCUGAUGAAGAUGACGUUAUUCAGAUCACCGACACCGAGAGAUUUCUCUUCAGACUGUUCAAAGAUAAUAAAGAGCAUCUGCAGGAGCUGACGAAAAACCCGCAGUAUGAGAAUAACACUCUGGCUACAUUGAAGACCAAGAUUCUCCAAGAGUUUACUUCCAGAACUAUAGCCAGAGGCAUUAUCUUCACCAAGACCCGCCACAGUGCCAUUGCUCUCAGCCAGUGGAUUCGGGAGAACCCAAAGUUUGAGAGUGUUGGAGUCAGAGCAAGCCAUCUGAUUGGUGGAGGGGACCAAAGUGUGGUGAAACCAAUGACCUCGGCAGAGCAGAAGGACGUGCUGAACAAGUUUCAUGAAGGGGAGAUCAACGUACUAAUAGCCACCACUGUGGCAGAGGAAGGACUGGAUAUUGCACAGUGUAACUUUGUCAUUCGUUACUGUCUGGUGACCAAUGAAAUCGCCAUGAUUCAGGCUCGAGGCAGAGGGAGGGCAGAGGACAGCAGCUACACCGUGGUGGAGGAGGCAGGGUCAGGCGUCGCAGAGAGGGAGAGCGUGAAUGAAUACCGUGAGACGAUGAUGAGCAAAGCCAUUGCCAGGGUGUGCACACUGUGCCAAGAAGAGUAUGAGAAGAAAACAAAGGAGUACCAGAUGCAGGCGAUCAUGGAGGAGCGUGUGAAGGUGAAGAAGAAACAACAGAAGGUCAUGAAGAAGGAGGAUCCCAGCAAAGUGAAGUUCUCCUGCAGAAGCUGCAACAAACCUGUUUGCUCUGGCGAAGAUAUCGAGAUCAUUGAGAACAUGCACCACGUCAAUGUCACUACUGCCUUCAGAGAGUUGUUCACUGUAAGGGAGAACACCUCCUUGCAAGAAAGAUUCCUGGACUAUGAAGCAAACGGAGUCAUAGCUUGUAAACAAUGUGGACAGCAAUGGGGCUCCAUGAUGCUCUAUAAGAGCAUCGAGUGUCCGUGUCUCCACAUCAAACACUUUGUGGUGACGUAUGGCUCGAAAAAAAAGGACUUCAGAAAGUGGAAUGAGCUGGCAAUCAGGUUCCCAUCAUUCAGCUACUUGCAGCAUGCCGAACACAUCGCAAACAACUCGGACGAGGAGAUGGGAGACAUGGAGUGAAAUGGCUGGAAAAACCAGACGUCAGUCAGCCAGGCUGCUGAAGAUGGGUGGUAAACAAGCUGUACUGGGAAUUUUGCUGGAAUCAUGGUAACCACCAUCCACACCAUGACCAAAAGUGGGAGAACCAUGCAGAACUUUCCAUGGUUUUCUAAAAAUAUCUUUUAAUUCAGGCUAAGGGUAUUCAGAGUCGAUAAAACCUUGGCGAAUUUUUGUUUUCAUUUCGUUGCUGGUUCCUGAUCUAUGGCACUAUAUACUGCACACUAGGUCAAGCUGGUCUCUCAAGUGUUACGCAAUUAUGCACAUAAGGUUUAGGGGCCUGACAUUCAUACAUUCUUACAUACAUGGUGACUUCCAAACUCUUUCAACUGCUCUAAUAAAUAGCCAAUUUCGAUGCUUGGAUAUUUUCUGCCUUUGAGACUUUCAUGCUGCUUUACAGGGACUGUUCCUGUAGUUGGUCAAUGUAAGUUACUUAGACAGCCGAAUUAUCUUAAUUUAGAGGAUUAUUUAGACAUCUUAAUUUAGAGGACAUUACAAUUACUUAUUUUCAUGGAUUUCCAACUGUCUUAAGAUAUUGACUAAGUUUUAAUAUGUUUUUAAAUGUCACGAAGAAUGCAAAUUCAUAAAGUUUUCAAAAGGUGUUGUCAAGCAGUUUUUCAAGCAGAGAAUCGUUUUAGACUGCAGUUGCAAAUUAGUCUAAUGGUGUUUUGGUUCUGCUCUCCAUCAAAUCGGACCUCAAAUUAAACAAGUUUCAUAAAGACGUAACUGGGAGAAUUUACAUAUACACUGGGUGAACCAUAUAGGAAUCAUUUAUUUACAUUUACUUUUAUGGCAUUUGGCAGGGCCAAAUACAGAGCGACUUACUAAAGUGCUUUGUGAAGUCAAAGCACUUGUGAUACAUCCUGCCCCUAUUUCACUGUAACCGGACCACUGACUGCUUUGUUUGCCUUGUCCAGCUGCUGUAUGUUGUUGCAUGAUUUGUUCAUAUAAAAGAGAGUGAAAAAAAAUAAAUAUAGUUGAUUCUGUUGAA